AAACUCAUAUACAAAAGCAGUUUUGCAGGGUUUUCUUUGGCUGAAGGGCAAAAGCAGUUGUUAUACGUUUAGAUAAAAAGACGACGAAGACGAAGACGAAGACGAUGGAGGCUCCCGAGUCAGCAGAGCAGAUAGCCAACAAUGAAGAUCUUUUAACUGAAAUCCUCCUUUAUUUGCCUGCAAAAUCUCUCAUCAAAUUCAAGGUCGUCUCAAAACAAUGGAUGUCUCUUAUUUCCAGCACCGGGUUCUGCCUCUCCCACGCUUGCUCCCCACGCAACAAAGGCUCUCUUAAACCUUCCGCUUUAUUUCUCGACGUCUACCAUUUUCCACCUUCAGAGUUCAGCUUCCAUCCUCUGACUCAUGACUGCGUACGACUCCCACGCUUCGAUUUUAUAGAUGAGCCGAUCGUUAUGAUAUUGGAAUCUUGUUCUGGCUUGCUUCUUUGUGCUUCCUAUGAUUCUUUCCCAGAUCAGUCAACAAUUAGAUGUGUUGCUUGGUACCCAACUACCGGGAAGGUUAAGAUGUUCCCUUGUCCUAGCUCACCGAGAUAUUUUAUCUGUAACCCAACCACCAGGAAGUUUAAGAUGCUCUCUUUUCCUAGCUCUCAGGUUGAGGAUUACGAGCACGAGGCUCUUAAUCUGGCUUUUGAUCCUCUUAAAUCACCUCAUUACAAGAUUAUUUCUGUCUGGCGGCAGAAAAUAAAGGAAUGGCCGGUUCCCGACAAACCUGAGUAUUCUUUUGACAUAUAUUCAUCAGAGACUAAUUCUUGGAGUUUAUCAAAAAUCAAAUUCCCUGGGGAUUGGGGUAUAAAAUUUAAUCAUGGUGUUUUCUUUAAGGGUGCGGUUCAUUGGUAUAGUAAUUGUAGGGAAUCACAUUGUUUUGAUGUGGAAAAUGAAUGCUUGAAAACAAUGCCGAUGCCGAGAGUAGAUAAAGUGCAGUGUCAAUAUUUUGGGGAGUCAGGGGGAUAUUUGAAUCUUGCAAUUGCACAUAGUGCUGCUAAACGUUUAAAGUUUAGUGUGUUUGAGAUGGUGGAGGAUUAUUCAGAUUGGUACUUGAAGUACAGCUUAAAUCUUGAAGCGGAAUAUGAUACUCUCUCCAGGUUACCUUUUUGGUCAAGUUAUACGUAUUCCGGAGAAUAUGUACUGUUUUGUGCUAUGCAAUCCGAGGAAGGAGACUCAUUACUUGCAGUAUUUUCAGAUGGUAAAGCAAUGUCUUAUAAUCUCAAGGAUGACACAUUAAAAGUGCUGCAUUGUCCCACGGUAGACCAAUAUGGAGCCGAUUAUUUCUGUUUUCGGGCCUGUCGAUACAUUGAGACCCUUUUUUGUAUUUGAGAUGUGCAACUUUUUGCUGAAACCAAUCAUCUCUGGAUUUUUAAUUAGGUCUUAUCUCUGAUUUAAGUUUUCAACGACUUGGAACAUUAUUAAUUCACUUUAUUGCUAUAUAACAUUCGUUUGAACAUCAAUGAAUGAGUUUUACUGUGUAUAUAUGUAUAUCGUUCUAUUAUUUUCAAGUUACAUAUUACUCUUUCUGCUCUUGCCGAUUUGGUGGUAUUUUUAAUUGUAAGUUUCGGUGGCAGAUACACCUUUGAUGAUCGGGUGUCUAUGAGUAACCCAAAGCUUGAAAAAUAUGAAGUUUGAAGAAAAAUUUUUAACGGGACAUCCCUAAAAUUUUCCGGUUGACACCUCAAAGAUAUAAAAUUAAAGA